UCUCUACAUUAACCGCGAGAAGGCCGAAGGAAGCAGGAGGAAAGCUUCGAGAAAGCGAGAGAGAGGAGAGGAACAGGUCCAAAAAUAUAAAUAAAGAGGAGAGAACCCUAGAUCUGGUCCAGAUGUCCAUGGCGCUGCGCAACUUGGCCACGAGGAUGCGGUCCCCGGCCGCCGCCGUCCUCCGUCCCCGCGUCUCGCCUUCGGCCGGCACGCGGCCCCUCCGCUCCAGGCUCUUCAGCUCCUUGGAGGAAGAUCAGGAAGAUGUGAAAAGGCUGUACCAAGAGAAUCUAGCUACACUUGAUCGAGUGAAGAAACACCAGGAAUUUAUGAGAUCGCGCAUUGGGUUUCUUGAGAAGAGCAACAAGUAUCUGAGUUGGUCUUUCAAGCUGCUUCUGCCUAUUCCCACCGCGGCUGUCAUCCUGAAAGCAAUCGACGGUUAGAGGAGAAGUGAUUAUGCCCUGCUCUGUUUUAUCUAUCUAUAUGUCAUGUAUUAUGUAUUUAUGAAGGAGGCACCCUGUUGCUUGGAUGGCGUCUGUUAUGUUAGGUCGCCAAGUCAGACAUCUAUUAUCAUGGUUGAGAACUGUGUAAGCUGAUACAGGCACUUGGAUAUAAGUUUGCCUUGGCUUGUUGAAGUAGCUUUGAUGUAAUCCAAACUCUAUUCCAUUAAGUGCUGUGUUGUUCAGGGAGGUUAA